AUGGCCGCAUCCGCCCUGUCCGUCUGCUCCAGCAACCGGAGCUAUGGCAGCCGUGCCUGCCUGCCCGGGUCCUAUGACUCUUGCACGGACUCCUGCUGCUGUGCUCCAGCUUCAUGCUUGACCCUUGUCUGUGCCCCAGUGAGCUGUGUGUCCAGCCCCUGCUGCCAGGUGGCCUGUGGAUCCAGCCCCUGCCAAUCAGCCUGCACCAGUUCCUGCACACCCUCAUGCUGCCAGCAGUCUAGCUGCCAGCCCUCCUGCUGCACCUCCUGCAGUGUGCCAGUCUGCUGUAAACGGGUGUGCCGCAGGCCUGUCUGUUCUAGGGCCACUCUCUGCUCAGCCCCCUUGAGCUGCUACGGACCCUCCUCCUACCUCUCAUCCUGCUAUAGACCUUCCUCCUGCACCUCGUCCUGCUACAGGUCCUCCUCCUGCGUGUCCCUCACCUGCCGCCCUGUGUGCAGGCCUGCCUGCUGCCUUCCUGCCUCCUCCUACUGUGGCCCCGCCUUCUCCUGCCGGCCCAGCUGCUACCGCCCAUCCUCUUGCGUGUCCUUGAUCUGCCGCCCUGUGUGCUACCGCCCAGCCUGCUGAGUCCCCUGCCUUGGCCAGAAGUCCUGCUGCUGGCUGGGCACAUCCCCCAGGACCAGCCUGGCUCAGGUCCCAC